AUGUUCGCCAGACAAACCACUGCUGCCGCUAGAAACGUCGUCUCCAAGAGAGCUUUCUCUACCACCACCACCAGAGCCUCUGGUCACUAUGCUGAAGGUCCAUACUCUAACCUUCCAUUCAAGGUCCACAACAGAAAGAUCCCAUACGCUGCCAUCCACUUUGGUUUCUUCGGUUUGGGUUUCGCUCUUCCAUUCGUUGCCGUCGGCUGGCAAUUAUACAAGUCCGGUUCUUUCAACAACUAA